AUGGACUUAAAACCACGUAUUUCACAUCUUCCGGUCGAGAUAUGGGAGAUUAUUCUUAAACUUGCCAUCUCGGUUCCUCUCUUCUUCGAAUCUGACCCAAUUCUCGCACAAGAUCUACCGAUAUGUCCUCGUUACUACAACUCAAAGAUGUACUGGGGAUCUGAACGCACUCGAAAUGCCCUCAGACGCGUCUGUUCCUCAUGGAAUCAGACACUCAAGCCGUUUGCACACCGAUUCAUCAAUACGGAGGACAUUCUACACGGCAAUGUCCCAAUAUCUGCGCUUCCUCUGGCACGCAGACUUCUCCUUAUGGACUGCUGGUGCAAAAACGUCCCAAACCGAGAUCAUCUCGAGCAGAUGGCUCAUCUGCUGGGCAGCGAGCCUAGUUCUUCUGAUCCUCUGCACGAAGUGGAUGGAAACAGUGCGAUACCGUGGAACCUUCGAAUCCUACACAUAUCGCGUGAUAGACCAGGUGGUUCUCGGUUUCUUGCAAAGCCUAAUCGGCUCUGCAAUCUAGAGUCGCUGAUAGGCAAUACCGAGGACCUACUGGAAAUAUUAUCAGAGUACCGUCCCGCGCUUAAGCAUAUCACUCGUGUUUCGGGACGCAACUUCGACUUGUUCCGAGUCAACUGCAACCACCUCACGAGUCUUCAGCUCGGCGUCGGGGGAUCAAUGACAUGGAUACCCCCGGAGACACCAUCUCUUCGAUACUUGGACCUAUCCAUCGCUCCUGCCAUAUCACCGGUCCACCGAGUAGUCAUCGACUGGCUUCAAUCCGCCGGAAAGCAUCUGGUCCACUUUCUAUGGAGGUCAGAGUCCACGUCUGUCUCGAUGAAGAUCGAUAUAUGGGAUCUCCUUCCUCUAGUGGAAACUCUCUCACUACCUGUCGCUUACCCAUGGUCGCAGCCGAAGUCAGGGUCCUCGAUCAGGACUUUAUACCUACAUUAUUCACUCUUAAAAUGGUUUCUCGGUGGAGAUACCUGCAAAUACUGUGGUACGAGUCACAAGGUCACGUUACACACGCUGAGUGGGACUAUGGAGGACUAUGCAGCGGCUGGUGUAAUGACCAUUCGCGUCGACGAGAGUUGGCGCCAGAUUACCCGCCCACACAAGUCCAAAGAAGGGUUAAAUUCCAGACUAAUGCAACGACGCUACGAGUUCAUUCGUUGUUUCGACGAUCAAGCGCGAGCAUACGGGAUGACGCUUGUCGAUUCGAACUGGCGCACGUUGCUAGAGUACAGAGGUCAGACAAAAUCCGAAGCCCAACAUUAA